AUGGAUUCUCCACCUCCAAAAAAUGCUCAAGCAGAUAGUGUUGAUGAUUUGUUAGACUUCCUUGGAAAUGACAACCCUAGCACCCCCCACACCACUCACCAAAGCACCCCUGCACCACCAACUCUUAGUAAUGUGGAUUUGUUUGAUUCAUUGAGUGAUUUUUCAAUUGUUCCUAAUACUAAUGACUUUAAGGAUGAGAAAGAAUCAGAUAUAGCACCAGAUCUAUUGUGUGAUUUGUCUAUUGAUUAUAAACAGGAGGGGGAUAUUGGUGAUAACCCUGUUAGUUUAUCAACAUAUGAAGUAAUAAAUAAAGAUGAUAUAACAGAUAGUAUACCAUCAGAUAAUACCGAUCAGCAUACCAUGGAAGAGGCCAAUAGUUCAUCAAAUGCUAAAGAUCUGGAUUUUGACUUAAUUAAAAAUGAUGAUUCUCAGAAUACAACAAAUACAAGUAUAGUUAGUGGAGAUAUAGACCAAAAAGAAAUCAACUUUGAUGUCUUAGAGCUACCAUCCACUAGUGAUCUUGGUUUAGAUGCAGAACGUUUUAAAGGUCAAAUUGCUAAAAAGGGAUCCUAUGCCCUGCGUAGAAAACCCUCCAGGAAAGGUGUUAGAAGUAUUCUUCCUACAGAUGACAAUUCUCUCUUUUCUGAUUCAACAGAACCAAAACCAGAAGUUACUUCCCCUGAAUCAUGUGAGCCAGAAGACACUGUUGUACCUGAACCAGAUGAAGUUAUAUCUCCAGUUAAAAGUCCACCUAAACCUGGUUUUGCCAUGCCUGGCUUACAGGAUUUAAGCACAUCUAAAUUGUUUUCCAAAAAUCGGAAACUAUCUGUUCAUGAUGAUGAUCUAUCUCCAACAAACGAAAAUAUGAAAGAGGAAGAAAUUUCAUCAAAAGAUAUGGAAGCAAUUGAUAAAUCUGCAAAUCUGCGAGUUUUACCAACUCUACCAGCGCAAGAAAAGCCAAAAUUGAAUAAAACUGGUAUUAGAGUCCUGCCUAUGAUUCCAGCAAGGGACAAGGGUCCUUUUUCCAAAAAUGACGAUGAUAGUCCUGAAGAGAAACCAUUUGAAGACAAGGCGACUUCUGUUCAAAGUGAAAAUUCAGAAGAUCUGUUCAGUUCUGAAACCAUGGAAACACCAAAAACUGAGUCAAGUUCGAAUGUUUUCGAAAGGAAAUUAUCUAAUAAAUUUGAUGAUGACAAUGUUUUAAGUGAGGAGAAAAAUGACAAACCUACUUUCAAGUCUAAUUUUAAAGUUACCACUUCCAUUGAGAAUAAAGAUACUGCAGUUACUUCCCCUGUCAGCCCAAAAUCACCUUCUUCAAUUCUAAACAAACCAAAUAGGUUGUCUUAUACUGGUGGCAGUGAAAAUGAAUCAGUGUCAGAAACAAUCACAGAUACUCCAAAUGUAGAAACAGUGACAAAAACAUCGGUUGUGGAUGACAAAAAUAAAAGAGACAUCAAUAUUUCAUCUAAAGUUUCUAAUGAAGACUCCUUCAAUUCAUCAGAAUCUAAUUUUGGUGAAAUUGUUCAGCUUCGCAAACCUAAGAGAGAUUCUAACAAUAUUUCAAAAAGACAUUCUACAAAUCUGGACUUCAGACCGUCUGUCCCUGAAACUUCUGAAAAGGUCAAAGUUCAAGAAAAACGAUCAAGUAGAAAUUUUGAUUAUGUGCCAUCCAAUUCAAAUAAUGAAACACCAAAAGAACCGUCAUGGCUAAUAGAAAUGAAAUCCAAGAAAAAUAACUCUGUAUCAGAAAAAAAUACCAGCAAUAGAAACAGCUCCAUAACUACAACUGACAACUCACACACAGAAGUCAAGCAGCCAUCUUGGAUGAGUGAAAUAAAGGCACGGAAAUCUAAUCGAGUGAAAACUGAUUCAAAUAACAGCCAAAAGAUUAUACAAGAUCAAAAAUCUGAAAAACCUUCAUGGAUGAAAACAGCUUUAGAUAAACAAACCAAAGUGGCAGAAAUGUUAGAUAUGGAAAAUAAGAAUCAAGAAAAUAGUGAUGUCAAAGAUAGGACUUUGCCUGAAGUUCAUCUACGUAAACCAGUAGUAGAAACUAGGAACAUCACAAACCAAAAAGAAAACAACACUAAUGAAAAUGAUGAAAAAGAGAAGAUAACACCACCAUGGUUUUCUGAUCUCCAACUACGUAAAGCACCUCGUUCUACUCCUAUGAAAGAUUCUCCUAAAGAAAAUAUAGAACCAGAAUGGAAGAGGAAGGCUGAGGAAAAGAGAGCAAGAUUAAUAAAAUCAGGCUUGUUAGAUAACUGAAUUACAUGAGGAGGAAAAUAACAGACUGGAUGUUAUAAAACUCAGAGUGAUAUUUCAAAGAUUUUGUAAUUUUUACUUAAAAACAGAGAAAUACUUUUUGAAUUGAAAAAAAAAAUAUUAUUAAUUUUACUCAUCAAGGCUCUUACAUGGUUACCCUUGUUUGUAUCAAUAGAUGAACCAUGCAUUCUGUAAAGAUGUAUAUCAUGGGUGACCGCUUGAAACCUCGUAUAACGAAAUAUGACGCAGAAUUAC